CUACAGUGGUUGUCAACGUCAUAUGUCAAGUCUAACCUCCAAUUUUGAAUGUUUUAAUUUGAAUUUUUCUUAACCAUCUCUUGUUUGUUGUGCCUCAUAUUGCUUUUUUUCACUGUAAUCAGUCUUUGUCCAGUGCUGAAUUUUGAUUCUGUAAACAGCUGCUAAAAAUCAGCUGGUGAUUUAAGGUUUUAACUUGACACGGUGACACAAAUAUGUUUUUGAGGUCAAGCAUAAGGAUGCAUUGCGGUUUUCAAGAGGUCAAUGUACCUAGAGAUUAGUUAGUUAAUUUCUAUUUAUUAUUUUUUACAUAUAUGUAUGUCUUAUCACUAUUUUCUGUGUAUUUACCUCUUUUCUAUCUGUGGGCUGUAUAACUUAAAGAAUCCUUAUUAAGCAAAUGAACAUGAAUUUUGUUCUGCUUUAUUAUGCAGCCAUGUCAUGGACGAUGAUAAUGUAUAGCUCUCUCGUCAAUUUCUUUGAAGAUUAUUUGCCCAGGAUUUUAGUAGAGGCAUUCAAGUACGGCAAGUGUGCCUGUAAUGAAAAAACAAAGCUGGUCUCAAAGAUAGAAGUACCAAAGGCAUGGUUUAAACAUUUCUAUGUAAUUGCUGUGAUAGUCUUUUCUUAUAUAUUCUAUGCGACAACAUGGGUCUAUGUUGUCGGAGGUGAUGUUGCUGAAUGGUUUUCUAAUUUUUUGAACAUUUGCUGUGGCCAAGGAAGAGUAGCACAUACACCAGCUGCUAAAGUUUACCUUGCCACAGUUUUAUUAACGUUACAAGUAUUUAGAAGAUUCUAUGACACCCACUUCGUUUCUGUUUUCGGCAAAAACAGUUUCAUGAAUCUCCUCCAUUAUAUAGCAGGCGUUUUCCAUUAUCCUGGUGCUGCUAUCGCUAUUGUAUGUGAAGCACCAAUAUUCGCUAAAACCGCGCAGAACGUUUCUGCCGAAUUGAGAUUGUCCGACAUUACGUUAUUCGAUGUAUGUGUGGCAGUCACCUUCAUGUGGGCUUGGUGGCAUCAACAUUGCACUUCAAAGAUUUUGGCUAAUUUGAGAAAAGAUAAAAAAGGUUGGUAACUGCAUUUUUUAUUGGAUUUUUCUCGAGCAAACUGAUUUUUUCAUGUAUGAGAGUCGUGUCGAAAACCUAGUAUGGCACUUAAUUGUGGAGACUACCCACCGAUUCUGGAGUUCGUAAUAAAAAUUGUUUCUAACUGCAAUCAUAUUUAAUAUUUUGUGCCAUCAAACAUGCCUUGAAUUUUCCAGAGUUAUUUCUAGAUUUCAAAUAUUCCGUGUAGCAGCGUCAGCGCUAUCCUAUUGUUAGGACAUGUUUUCUUUUUGAAUUGCAGCAAAUUUCAGGCUGAUAAAACAUGAUAUAAAUCAAAAGCAUAAACAAUUUGAUCGAAAUAGAUAUUUGUAACAUAACCUCAAAAUACUAUGAAAAUCAAGGAGGCCAAAAAGGCGUGCUACAAUUGUAGAAACGACUGACGAGACGGCGUAGUAGUGACUAAAUCUCGUAGCUCUUCAAUUAAUUUUCUGUUGAAGGAAAGGUGGUCAGUCACAGCCAUUGCCUACCACAUGGAGAUUGGUUCAAAUACUUGUCUGCACCACAUCAAAAUGCUGAGAUAUUAAUGUACACUUGCUUAACUGUUUUAUUGUGGUACAAUAUCACCUGGUUCUUUGUAUUUGCCUGGGUUCUUAUAAACCAGGUAACUUUCAUUUAUCCUGCUAGUCUUGUAUGAAGUUAAUUUCUGUGUUUUCAGGUGGAAACCAUUCUGCUAUCACAUUGGUGGUAUCAAAAGACAUUUAAAGAUUUUCCCAGUCAA